UUUUCUGGGUGUAACCAACCAAUCAGGAUCAGCUUCCCCAUUUGGUCACAGCCAAUCACCUUGCACGCAGCCCUUCUGGCAAACAUGUCACCCAUGAAGCUGUGUGUUCCUGGUGAUAAACUUUGCAGUGUAGAAGACUGUACUCCCGGAACAGGCGUGUACCUGCGGCAUGGUUACAUUUACUCCUCGCUAGCGGGUUACGUGCUCAAGAAGAAUGAAGGCGAAGAGUUACCAGUUAUCUCUGUUGUGAGAGAAACAGAAACCCAACUACUGCCAGAUGUCGGUGCAAUUGUCACUUGUAAGGUAACUAGCAUUAAUCCCAGGUUUGCCAAGGUCCACAUUCUUUAUGUCGGCUCCACACCGCUGAAGGACCGCUUCAGAGGAACUAUCAGAAAGGAUGAUGUCCGGGCAACAGAGAAAGACAAGGUGGAGACGUACAAAUGUUUUAGACCUGGAGACAUUGUCCUGGCAAAAGUGAUUUCUCUGGGUGACGUGCAGUCGAACUAUUUGCUGACGACGGCUGAGAAUGAGCUUGGGGUGGUGGUGGCCCACAGUGAAGCAGGUGCACAGAUGGUUCCGAUCAGCUGGUGCGAGAUGCAGUGUCCACUGACUCAUGCCAAAGAGUUUCGCAAAGUCGCAAGGGUCCAGCCAGAAUAUCUGCAGGCGUGACAAUCCUGAGACUCAUUUUUCAAGGAACACACAGCUUCCCCCUCCCGAUCUCUGGGUGACUGUUUUGAUAAAUAGCGUUAUGUCUGCACAUUUUGUCUGAGUAUUAGCUUGGAAACACGACUGCAACAUCGAAUGGACACACUGCUCUCUGUCCAGCAGUUAAGUUGUGCUAAUGAAAUCAUGUUGCCCAUUGCAUAAACAUCAGACCUUAAGGCUAAUCUUGCAGUUUGGACUCCAUUAAGGAGCAAUUCAGAUGCAGCUUAAUGAGGCUGCUCUUUAAAAAUGGCCCAUUGCAUUAUUCAGUUUAAAUUUUCUGGUGCUCUCUUUCCCCACCACACAUCAAGUCCAUUUGUAUCAAGUUAAAUUCCUUGUUUUCCAGCACAUUAUGAGCCUACAACAAACAAGCAGAAACAUUUUUCUUUUUUUUUUUUUUUUAAUGAAAUGAAGAACACUUUUCUGUCCAAUUGCAGAUGUUUGUAAGAAUAAAAUAAAAUAAAAAUGUUAUCCUCCA